CCUCUCUGCUGAAUCCAGGUGUCCCACCUGCCUCUCUGAAGCAUGGACAUGAUGGAUGGCUGCCAGUUCUCACCUUCUGAGUACUUCUACGAGAGCUCCUGCAUCCCGUCCCCUGAGGGUGAGUUUGGGGACCACUUUGAGCCAAGAGUGGCUGCCUUCGGAGGACACAAAGCUGAGCUGCAGGGCUCGGAUGAUGACGAGCACGUGCGAGCACCUACUGGCCACCACCAGGCUGGUCAUUGCCUCAUGUGGGCUUGCAAAGCCUGCAAGAGGAAGUCCACCACAAUGGACCGACGCAAGGCUGCCACCAUGCGUGAGCGCAGACGCCUGAAGAAGGUCAAUCAAGCUUUCGAGACGCUUAAGAGGUGCACCACCACCAACCCCAACCAGAGGCUCCCCAAAGUGGAGAUCCUCAGGAACGCCAUCCGCUACAUCGAGAGUCUGCAGGAGCUGCUGAGGGAGCAGGUGGAGAACUAUUACAGCCUGCCUGGACAGAGCUGCUCGGAGCCCACCAGCCCCACCUCCAACUGCUCUGAUGGCAUGCCUGAAUGCAACAGUCCUGUCUGGUCCCGAAAGAACAGCAGCUUUGACAGCGUCUACUGCCCUGAAGGAUCAAACGCCUGUGCUGCAGAUAAAAGCUCCUUAUCCAGCUUGGAUUGUUUGUCCAGCAUAGUGGAUCGGAUCACGUCUGCAGAGAGAGCCGAGCUGUCUCUCCAGGACACAGCUUCUCUCUCUCCAGCUGCCAGCACCAAUUCACAGCCUGCAACCCCAGGAGCCUCCAGUUCCAGACUUAUCUAUCAUGUGUUAUGA